UACCACCAGCAAGUCAGAUUCAACUCUCUGACCUCUGCUUUGACUUGCAUCUGUGAAUUUUAAUACUGGACAACAAUAUUUACCUGUAACACUGCAUCUGGGAUGCUUCUUAAAUGCUCAAUAGACAGUCACUCUUUAAUGAUCACUGACUGAGCUUCACUGGAAUCUAGAUCAGUCCUCUGACGUGCAUAGUAGUUGUUAUGUAGUUAAGCAUUACUCCAUUGUCCCUCUAUCUUCAGAUAGGAAGCCUGAGCUUUUAAGUAUGUCAAAGGUACUUUGACCGUCCACACAGGCUGCCUUCCCACUCGCCUCCUGCCUGCUUAAGUAGAUGCCAGGGGGGAUUAGGUGAGCUGAAAUCCCCUGUUGGGAGAUGAGAAGGCUACCUCUCAAAGAGUACAGUAAGUGUGCAGCCUGCAGCAUGCAUAAGCCAUGAAAGCUGCUUUGUCCUCUGUUUCAUUAACUCACAGGGCCAUUAGUCUGGCAGGCUCACACCUCCAGCUCGAGAUGGGAACACAGCUCUCAUAAGAAAAGCAGGAAAACUCUAGCACAGCUUAAAUGAUGAGGCCACAAGUUUCUUUCUAAGCAACACUUGCAUGCAAACACACUGUAAAGAACACUGUAAAGUUCUGGAGGGAAUGCCAUAUAAAAACGCAACAAUUGCAGUUUUUCAUUUUAUAAGUUUUGUUUAUUGGUUUCAGACAUUGGGAAAGUAGUCAGGUUUCUUUUGAAAGUGUGGAUUAUUUUUCUCAGUUUCUACCAUUUCCACUUUCAGAAGCUUCUUUUUUACUGGUUCCUUUUUGUAAAGGACAAAAUCCAAAGUCAUAGACGAAUGUGUACCUUAAAGGCUUGGAUUAUCUUAAAGGCAUAAUCAUGAAAAGAUUAUCAAAGCCACAGCUCUUGCUGACAUUAUGUACACACAAGAGUUAUUCACAAGAAGCGUCACAUUUUUUCAGCAACUUUUUUUUUUACAGAAAACCCUCAAAAUUAAGAAAAGAAAACCAACAAAUGUAACACUGUCCCUGUUUAACGGUCUUAAUGCUUAGUUAAUUUCCUUCUUUUUAUUCCUUCCAUCCCUGCUGUGUCAGAUACUAUGAAUGUGGAUUAAAUAACCAAAUUACUUCUGGUUAAGAGGAAACUGUGCAGCAGGUGUAGUCAUUUACAUUAAGAAAAUUUUAUAACUUAUUGCAAAACUUGUCAACACAGGUAAUGUAAACACAGUUUCCCAGGUUUACCGGUUUGGGGACACUUUGCACAUCUAUAGAUAAUGUAGAGAGGAGAUAAAGGUCUAAUCACAGGUUGUGUCAAAUUUUAUCUGCAGUGAUUUUUUCCCCCUGAAGAAAAGUUGAGAAGUGCGAUUAUCUCUGACAUGAUACUGCUCUGGUGAGGUGAGAAAAAACUUUGCAAACGACAAAAUAAUGUUUUUAUUGCCAGGGGAAGAGAAAAUUAUAAAUUAAGCUCCUGCAUUCCACAGACAUGUUCAGGAAGUAAAUGGCAUGUAAUUGAAGGUUGAGUAAAGUGCAGUCCCUGAGCGGGGCGUUGUUUACUGCUGCCGGCAGCAGUGAAAACUCCAGGCAUCAGCACUAUCAUAUCAGGAGGUGAUAAAGUAGGGCAUGUAUAAAAGAAUAAUGUGAUUUACAUGAAUGACAAAUCUUUUAUUUGUCUCUUCUUUGCACACCUGUGAGGCAGGAGACUACGCAGAAGAGCAUGCCGUGUGGCAGCGUAAAGUCCUUUCUGGUGAGCCUGUCUCGGACGAAGCCCCUGGAGCCCGAGGGGGAGCAGUCCACGUUUAACCGAUGCCUGACCACUCUGGACCUGGUGGCCCUUGGCGUGGGCAGCACUCUAGGGGCUGGGGUCUAUGUCCUGUCUGGGGAGGUGGCCAGAGAAACUGCCGGACCCAGCAUCAUAAUCUCCUUCUUCAUCGCCGCCCUGGCAUCCAUAUUCGCCGGGCUGUGCUACGCAGAGUUUGGGUCCCGGGUUCCCAAAACAGGCUCAGCGUACCUUUACAGCUAUGUGACUGUUGGAGAGCUACUGGCUUUUAUCACUGGGUGGAAUCUGUUACUCUCCUACGUAAUAGGGACAUCCAGCGUUGCGCUGGCGUGGAGUGGGACAUUUGAUGACCUCAUAGGGGGCGUCAUAUCGAAAUACUUUGAAGAAAAUGCAGCCAUUGGCCUCCCUGGCCUGGCACCUUACCCAGAUGUCUUUGCUGCUGUUCUCGUCUUGAUACUGUCAGGUGUGCUGGCAUUUGGAGUGAAAGAGUCAACAACAAUCAACAAGAUCUUCACAGCGAUCAACAUCCUGGUGCUGCUGUUUGUGAUCAUCUCUGGGUUCAUCAAGGGACACAUCUCCAACUGGCAAAUCAGUGAAGAUGUUCUUAUAAACGCCACAGCAGAAUUCAAAAACUUGAGCUCCACUGCCAAUGUGACAAGUAUGUAUGGAGUGGGUGGAUUCUUCCCAUAUGGCAUUAGUGGAACGAUAGCCGGAGCUGCGACAUGUUUCUAUGCUUUUGUUGGAUUUGACUGCAUUGCUACAACAGGUGAGGAGGUGAAGAACCCUCAGAAGUCUGUCCCUCUGGGCAUUGUGGCCUCACUACUUAUCUGUUUCCUGGCCUACUUUGCUGUGUCUGCUGCUCUCACCCUGAUGAUGCCUUACUACAUGCUCAGUAAAAAAAGCCCCCUGCCAGUGGCCUUUGAGUAUGUCGGGUGGGCUCCCGCCAAAUACGCUGUGGCUGUGGGAUCGCUGUGUGCCCUGUCCACAAGCCUACUGGGUUCGAUGUUCCCAAUGCCCCGGGUGCUGUUCGCCAUGGCAAGAGACGGCCUCCUUUUCCAACCCUUGAGCAAGGUCACCUCCAAGGGCAGUCCUGCUAUAGCUACCAUAUCAUCUGGAAUUGUGGCAGCCAUCAUGGCUCUGCUGUUUGACCUGGAAGCACUGGUGGAAAUGAUGUCCAUCGGCACUCUGUUUGCUUACACACUCGUGGCCAUAUGCAUCUUAAUCCUGAGGUACCAAGUGGGGCCAUCUGAAGACACAGACCUACAGGUUAUAGAGCCAAAGACCAAGUUUGGCUUCCUGACGCCUCCAUCUUCUCCCACUUCAUACACCUCAAGAAGAGUCACCAUGCUGACUGUAUUCUCUGUUGUAUGUGUGACUGCAUUGUGUGUCACUCUGACCAAGGCAUUAGAUGCUCUGGCCCGUAUGGAAGCAUGGUGUGUGGCAAUUGUCUGCAUCCUCGCCUGUAUCUUGCUAUUAAACAUUUUCAUCAUCUGGAGGCACCCACAGAAUGCCACCAAGGCAACUUUCAUGGUGCCCUUACUCCCUGCAUUGCCUUUAGUGAGCACACUCAUCAACGUAUACCUGAUGGUCCAGUUAGGUGGAGACACAUGGAUACGAUACUCUAUUUGGAUGUUAGUGGGGUUACUCAUUUAUUUUUGCUAUGGCGUGCGUCACAGUGUUCAGAGGAAGCGUCUCAUGGCCGGCCAGAUGAAGAUUGAAACAGUCAGCGAACGAAUAGAAAAGAGCACCAUUAAAGAAGCAAAAUUCUGAGUUGGGCUGAAGCAGAGAGGAAUAGAUUGAUAUGUUACAGUGAGUAACUGCUUUAAGUGUGUAACUACUGUUUCUGCAGUGUUCAAUAUCUGACAGGUGUACAGUGUUGAAGCGCAGACAAAUGGAGAUGUGCCAACUUGUAGACUUUUAUUCCACACUGAAACUUUAUUACAUGUUGAUGGAGUUUGUCAUUUAUCUAAAUAUUCUUAUUGUCAACACUGAAAUGAUGCCUGACAUAUUUUUGGACGUGUAUAUGCUGCCUGUAUCUUUGUAGUUUACACCUGUGUUUAAAAAGAAAAAGAACAAAAGGGCUCAAACUGUUGAUAAUUUAUAAUUUUAUAACACUUAAAUAACAUAGAUACACUUUUCAUAUCAAUUGUAAAAUGUUAAACAUUUUAGUUUCAAUUUUAAAUGUUAGGGGUUUUUUUACACAUAAAAAUAUAGAGUAAGACUGUAUGUACAAUGUAGAUACAGAUAAUCUUGCGAAUGUUAGUGUGUAAAUAUGGAAACUGUACAUGUUUUAUAAUUAUAUAUUGCAAAUGUAUUCCUUAAUAAUAAAAAAGAGAGAAUCCGGUUUUCAACACGA